UUUACGAAUUCUUACAGCUUCAGUUAAGAUCAAGGUCUUCGCGAGCUACACUUCGAUCUCUGUGAAUUUUAGUGAUUUAGAAUGGGUUCGUUCGUUUUUACGUCAACACUGAAAAUGAUCAUGGAAAAAAGCUGUAACUACAAAACGCUUAAAGAUGCCAUCAUUUAUGGUAUUGUGAAUAAUUGGCCAGUACACAAAGUGGCAGAGUUUUUCAGAAACAAGGCAGCCGAAUGGGAUUUCCAAGUGGAUAGUAUGAAUUCUAGUAGGAGAACAGCCUUAGAUCUUCUGGUGUGCAAAACUAGAUCAGAGAGGAACAACGAAGUCAUCAAACUCCUGAUCGAAUUGGGUGCUGACCCGUUGUGGAAGGACUACGAUGGGAAAACGACACUCUGCAGGCUUAUGCGACACAAUAAAAAUACGAAGCUCAUGAUAAGAUGCCUGGACAAAAUAGAAGAUAUCAACGUCGCCCUAGACGCGGUCGGUGUUAACGCACUAUAUAUGGCGGUGUAUAAAGAGAAUGUGACACUUCUGCUAUAUUUAGUGCGGAGAAAUCUGAUUGUGAAUAUAACCUCUUUCAGAGGACGCUCCCCGCUGCACGAGGCAGUAACAUCAAAAAAUCCCAGUAUCUCCUGGUUACUGCUUAAGCACGGAGCAGAUGUGAACAUCAAGGAUGUGGAUGGUGAGACGCCCAUCUUCGCUGCUCUCGAAGGCAAUGAUUCCAUCGAACAGAUCGACAUGCUGUUACGACAUGGCGCCGACCUCAAGGCCACGGACAACGCUGGAAGGACUCCCCUUCAUGCACUCUGUGCCAGCGAAGUCGGGAUCAACAUAGACAUCGUGAAACUCCUCUUGGAUUAUGGAGCCGACCCUAACGCCGCAGACUCGAUGGGAAGGACGCCUUUGGAGGGUUGCAUCAGAAACGAUGCAACCUACAUGGACCUCCAAAAUUCGUUGAUGGUGGCGGAGUUGUUGAUCCUGUACGGUGCAAGUGUGAACGCGAGAAACAGUUCCGACCAGACGCUGCUUCACGUUGCUGCUAGGUCUGGCCCUUGCACCUUCGUCAUGUACCUUGUCCAUAAAGGGGCGGACACGAACGCUGUCAACGGGCAGGGCAUGACGUUCUUGGAGCUGCUCAAACCGCGACGUCAUUGCUGGAGAAUGGUGCUUCAAAUGGUCGUAUUGAAGCACUUCAUUAGUAAAUCCGAUUUAGGCCUCAACCUCGAGCGUUCGAUCCACGCCAACGUGGAAUUCCAUAAAUUCGUGGUGAGGGCUAGAAUUGAACUGACCAUAUUGAGCGAUCGCCACACAGAAGACUUUGGUCCUUCUCGGUUCGACCUAAUGACCUCUGAUGAAAAACGAGCGACAAGGCUCUGUGAGAAUGUCGGCCUUAGGUCGGCGUUGUCCAGAACGAAUUUCGCAAUAUACCCUAUAUACGGCAAGAGGCUUAGGGUGAAAUACGAGGAAGGCUGUAGAAGAGCCAGGGCGGAAGCUGCAGCCAAAGAUUUUUUCUUCGAAAUCUCGAAAGGAAGAUUGCACAGUUAUGCGGCUGGUGACAUCAUUCAGUUCAUCCCUACAGAAUGCCUGAUGAAUCUGGAGGUAGUAUAUCAAGAUAUGGCGAAACGGAAACGAUGA